GUGUGGGACGAGGGAGGAGAGGAGAGGAGAGGGAGAUGCUUCUGGACAACGAAAAGUGGUAGUGAUGAUACGGUUAAAUGAAUCCCGUGCAAAAGCGGUUAGUGUGAAUUUGGUUCUCCAUCCCUUUCCGCAACUUCAAGUUACACUCCUCCCUCAAGCCCCACAAUAUAUGCUUCCUUAUCUUGAGAGGUUUGAUAUUCUUUCGGGGAAAAUCCUGGUCCAGACUCCAAGUAAAUAAUACCAAUGUUAAAAAUGCAAAGCAGCAGUAGUAGUAGAAGUUUGGACUUUGGAGAGAAAGAGAUCCUGAACAUCAUCGGAUGUUGAGGCCAGGUACCAGAAACCAUGGCCACCUUUUCACCCAAUUUAACUGCUUCUUUCCCUCGCCAUUUCGCCGACAACAAGAUAUGCUGUCUUAGGCCAGAAGGGAAACAGACGAGAAUGAGUUUUCUGGAGGCAAGCAACAGAAAAGGCCAAGUUUUAUGGGUUGUCAGGUCAGUCUUGGAUAACCAGAAGCCAAGCAUCCAUGGAAAUGGAGCAACUGAGUCCACAAGGAUUCUUUUGGAAAGACUGUUUGCGCAGACCCAGAAACUGGAAGAACAAAUUGGUAGAGAUCCUCAUCUUCCUGAGAUUGCUGAACUGGGCUUAAGCCUUGGAAAGCUGGAGUCUGAUAUGCAAGCUGCCCUUGCAGCGUUACAGAAGAAGGAAGAAGAUCUACGGGAUGCAGAGAAGAAUGUUUUCUUGGAGUUAAAUGAAGUAAACCGUGCAAAGGAGGAGUUGGAGCGGCGAGAGGAAGAAAUAGCAGCUGCUAGUUCUAGGAAGGAAAGACUAGAAGAGGAGCUGAGGCAGGCUAAUCUUGUCUUAGCUUCCCAAGCAAUGGUCAUUGAGGAUCUUAAGCUUUGUCUUAGGGAGAGGGAUCGGCAAAUUUUCUCUGCUCAGUCUGCUCUCUCUUUGAAAGAAGAUGAAAUAAGUAAAAUGAGCAAUGAUUUGAUCAGAAAGAGUGAGGAAGUUGCCGAUGCUGAAUCAGAAUUUAGAUCAAAGGCGCAGCUUCUGAAUGAAGCAAAUGAAGUUGUGAGAAGACAAGAGGUUGAACUUCUAGAGCUCCGAAGAUCAAUUCAAGCGAAAGAAGAGGAACUAGAGUUCAUAAUGACUUUGCAGCAAACUGAACAGGAAAAACUAAGAGUCAUGGGGGACAGUCUAAAUAAACAGACUACAGAUUGGCUUGUCGCACAGGAAGAAUUGAAGAAGCUAGAGAAGGAGCUUUCUAAGCAUAGUGGGGAAGCAAAUGAAACUCUGGAGGACUUUAGGAGAGUUAGGAAGCUACUUACUGAUGUGAGGUCUGAAUUAGUUAUGUCUCAGGAAGCUUUUGCUUUGUCUAGACAAAGAAUAGAAGAACAGGAACAGCUUUUACAAGAGAAGCUUGUCGAAGUUGAUGCACAAAGGAAAAGUGUGUUAUCUUACAUGACGCGUUUGAAGGAUGCCACAGUAGAAGUGGAAAGUGAGAGAGUAAAACUGAGAGUUACUGAGGCUCGAAACAAGGAGCUUGAAAGAGAAUUAGCCAUGGAGAAAGAGCUCGUCACAGAGUUACAGAAGGAACUAAAUAAGGAGAGAUCUUCUCUAGAACAGGCGCUUAUGGACAUGGCAUCUCUUAAAGAGGAACUAGACUGUAGAAACAUUGAAUUCGUAGAAACAGAGAAUCUUCUUCGUAUCAAGGAGUCAGAAUUAGUCAAUGCUAGAUUAGAGAUCCAACAUUUAGAAUCGGAGCUGACUUCUCUCCAGACCUUGCUGGAAGGAAAAGAUUCAGAGCUCGUAAGUGCACAGAAGAUGUUUGCAGUAGUAAAUCAAGAGAUAGCUGAGCUGAAAAUGCUGAUGAAAAAUAGAGAUGACCAACUUAUGGAGGCUACAAGUGCGCUGAAGGAGAAAGAGGAUAAUGUUCAGACAAUACAACAUGAAUUAGAUAGUACCAAGCAGAAAUUUUCUGAAGCUGAAUCAGUUUUGGCAAAGAUUGUUCAGCUCACUAAUGACCUUGGAGAUGAACAGUGUGGCAGAUUGCUUAAGGAGACUGAUCGCAAGCUAUCAUCUCAUCUGUUUGAUCAAUCGGGUGCUAACUUUGACUGGAAAAAAAAGCAGCUUGAAACUGAACUGAAACUGACCAGAGAAAGCCUGAAAGCGAAAGAAAUGGAAGUUCUUGCUGCACAGAGGGUUCUAGCAAUUAAAGACGAAGAGCUCAAACUGGUUUUGAGUAAAUUGGACAACAAAAACAUGGAACUAAUGCAAAUGAAGGAAGAGAUGAAUCGAGAUGGUGCUGAACUGAGGCAACUGUAUGCUUUGGCACAAGAAAGAAUUGGUGAAAAGAGUAUUGGAGACCUGGCAAUUGAGAAACUCCAACUGGAGGCAGCUCAGCUGGAAGUUGAAGCUGCAACUAGUGCGCUCCAGAAACUCAGUGAGAUGAGCAGAGAACUUCUGAAUAAGGCUAGUCUGAGCAUUGAUGCUGAUUUUGAUAUCAGUAUCAUGCCUCAUAGUAGCUCCUCUGACAACAGGGAUAACAUUGAUGAAAGUGGGUGUCUUGCUAAAGUUAAAACUGAAGUUGCAAACCUUUCAGCUUUGACUGAGCAGCUUCUUAAAGAGGCUGGUGUUAAAUAAGGCUAGUCUGAGCACUGUUACUGAUUUUGAUAUCAGUAUCGUGCCUCAUAGUAGCUCUUCUGACAACAGGAUAACAUUGACAAAAGUGGUUGUCUUGGUAAAGUUAAAACUGAGGUGGGAAACCUUUCAACCUUGACUGAGCGGCUUCUUAAAGAGGCUGGUGUAGUAGGUGAGUAAAAUAGCAAAGGUAGCUUGUGCGUUUGGUGACCAACAUCUAUGUAGAUAUCUAACAAUUGCUUGGUAUACUUUCUUAUAGGUUGAGAGUAUACUUUCGUAGAUUUUUGACAGGGAAAUUCAUAUUUGGCUUGUAUGGUGUGAUGAUGGCAUUCAAUUUUCUCCUGUUAUUUAUGGCUAAGGAUUCUGUAACAGUCAUUGAUGUCUUAAUUGUUCUUAUUUAUCUGAUGAAGUAUGAUAUCUUCUCAGUUAUAAACUUGGUGAUAGCAAAGGAUUUUGUAGAGUGAAUGCAGUCCUUUUGUGGGUCUUGAGUUGUA